AUGUAAGAAUACAAGAAUGAAUUACUUGAAUAUGUUUAGCCAUCAAAAUUCAAUGAUCAUCUUGUAUUAGUCUACUCUGUAGAUGACAGAGAAUCAUAGUAGAGUAUCUAGUUCUUUGAAAUAAUGGCAGCUCAUCUUAAUAACAGUGGAGUAAUAGUUGCUUUAACUGACAUGACAUCCUCAAUGUUUUAAGGCAUUUGGAGAUUUAAUGCUAACUAUGUAAGGUUCUAUGGUAAAGCUUUUGGCCAUAGCUUUAUUUAUGUCUAUGAACCAAAGACUGUAAGAGGCUAUAAAGAUUUUUUAAUGAAAAAUUCAAAGCUAUACGAACAAUUUAUCAAGUAAGAUCCAAGGCUAAAGGGAGAAAAUCUUAUUAAGAAUUACCACUUAAGGCAUUGUGAAAACAGAGACAGGAAUCCUAAAUUACUAAUGGAGUGGUUUCUAUAUGAGAUAGAGGACUGGGAUAAAGUGAUUGAUUUAUACUUGAAAGAAGAUUAGCACAAGAAUCAUAAAGGAUAUUCUCUGAGUACUAUUGAUGAUUGGAAUGGUGAAAAUUUUGGAUCUCCAUACUUCUGGAUAAUCGACAGAGAAACAAAAAAGCCUUUGAAGGUAAUGAUGCUUGCUUAACCUUAAUGGGAGGCCUCUAAAAAUAGGACAAGAACUCUAAUGAAAAGAGGUUUUAUGACUCUUACUAUUUCAUCUUUCAGAAGUUUUCCAGUUUUUGUUCAAUGGGAAUAUGAUACUGAUGGUACGAUCAAAGCAAUGGAUAGGAGGUUCAUUGAUUUCAUGAAAAAUUUUGCAGGGUGCUUGCACAAUGCAAGAAACCCUAGAGUUGAUUUAGCUCAUAUUGUGAACCCCAAGCUGUUAUUUGCUGAAUCGGACAUCUAGUUUACUCAUGUUAACAAUUACCUUAAAAACUACAAAAUUAGAUAUGAUGUGAAAAAAUAUGAUUUUAUGCUAUCAGUACUGUGCAAUUCAGAAUGGCAAGGAGAAAUGAAGAAUUGGACUCUUGGUGUGUAGAUAAUGGAAAAAUUACUAAGUUAAGGAGAUUAUAAAAUUCUUUUAGUUGGAAGAUUACCGCCUCCUAGUCUUGAGGGAAAAAUUGAUAGAGUUCCUAUGCUAUCAUCCCCAGAAUUCUUCGAAAAAAUUGCUAAUUCAAAAGUGCUAUUAGUUCCAAGUAUGUCAGAUGCAUCUCCUAGAAUCAUUACUCAAGCCCUAGCUUUGAAUACUCCAGUCAUUGUAAACAAAUACAUAGCUGGAGGUUGGAAGUACGUCAAUGAAUAAACAGGAUCCUUUAUCGAAAAUGCAGAUGACAUUGUGGAUAUAUUUAAUGAUAUAGAAAAAAGACGAAAAAAUGGAAUUCUCCAACCCUAAAAAUGGUAUGCUGAACACUACAAAAUUUAGCACUAAAGAUUAAGAAUUUUUAUUGAAAUGCUAUGGUUUAAAUAUGGAUUUGAUACAGAUAUUAAUGGACUUGACCCUAUAGAUGAUAAAGUUAUUCAUCAAAUUCAAGAUAUCAUACCAGUGUGA